CAGUCAUGUCAUCGGAAACUAUUCUCACUGUGCGCCUGGUUCGCUCUUUUGAACAUCGAAACUUCAAGCCAGUGGUGUUCCGAGGUGUGAAUGUAGAUCAGAAAGUCGAGGAGUUUAUUGCUUUUGUAAAGAAAGACGUUUCUACCAGAGCUGGUUUGCCCCCACCUUUUAAGAAACAUGACUAUGACACCAUGAAGAUAAUUCAUAAAGCACAUGGAGCAAAGACUAAUGAACUGGUGAUGAGUUUAGAGGAUGAUGAAAAGCUGAUUCUACAAAAUGGGCUCGAUUUACGAGCAUGUGGUAUAGCCAAUGAAACAGAGCUGGCCUUCUUCAAGAUGAGUGACUAUGAAAAGUAUAAGGCCAAUCCCCAGACUGUGUGGUGAGACCCAGUAAAGUGGCAUGUGUAAGGGAAUUCUGAUGUGUUUUUAUUUAGGGGAAGCAGUGCAACAUCCAGAACGGCUUCACAUCUACCUGCGCUUACAUUUUUCCAGGAUCAGCCGGACCAAAAAUGGUGUUUUAAUUUCACUCCAGUUUCUUCAAGCCAGUUUAAAAAGUUCACUUUGUCAGCAGACUUUAUUUUCAGACAGACAUAAUUUAAGGUUCCAUAAGUUUAAUAGACAGACAUGAUUUAAGGUUCUAUAACAAAUUUAAUAGAGGAGAGUUUUUUUGUAUAGCUUUCACAAUUUCACAGAAAUGUAUACAUUGACAAGUACAUUAACAGUAUUUACCAGUAUAAAAAAAUGAUGGGGUUACAUGCAUUAUAAUGUUUCAAGUUUUAAUACCACCUGUUUUCUUUUAAUUUCUUAUGACAGUGGUGCAUAUGACUGAAAUUGUGUUUAUUAAAUGAAUCUCAUUAAAACUAA